GCAGCUCUACUCCCGGGCCGCGCCCGCUCCGCGGGCGGGGCGGGGCGGCUGCGGCCCGGCUCUUCCCUUCCCGCUGAGGGCGGCGGCCAUUGGCAGGCCCGGUUCCGACAUGGCGGCCAGCGCGGUGUCCAACCCGUCCCAGCUGUUGCCGCUCGAACUUGUGGACAAGUGCAUCGGUUCACGUAUUCACAUCGUGAUGAAGAGCGACAAAGAAAUUGUUGGGACACUUCUAGGAUUUGAUGACUUUGUUAAUAUGGUGCUGGAAGAUGUUACAGAAUUUGAGAUCACACCUGAGGGCAGAAGAAUCACAAAGCUGGACCAGAUUCUGCUCAAUGGAAAUAACAUAACUAUGCUGGUUCCUGGAGGAGAAGGACCUGAAGUAUGAAGACAUGAUAUUCAUAUGUACUUUACAUAUAUAUAUGCAAAAUCUAAAUAGAGAUUUUGGGGUAGAAAUGUUAGGGUAUGGAUCAUUCGUUUGCUUUGCUUACGUACUUGGCAUUGUACAAAAGACAUUUCUUUAAGAAAAGUGCUUGUGGUAAUGUUGAUUUUGUAAGUUGAAAUCAUGACUUGUAAAGAGACACUUGAACCUCUUCUGAAUAAAAGACUUUUUCUUUGUCGG